AUGUCCCAAAACGAACAAAUCCCCGAAACCGAUAACGUGGGAAAGACUAUGAGACUUCAUACGGGUCUAGCGUUCGGAUCUAUUGUUUUUGCACUUCUAGUAAUCAUAUUCGUUACAUUCAGCUGCAUGAAACCGAGGCGCAGGAAACCUGCAGUACCAGCUGCUCAUGUACACGACGAUUGGCAAGCACCUCAUGGCCCUGAUCGUGAUGCUGAAAGGAUUGAGCUACAGAAACUACCACCGGCUUAUUACCCGCGAUACCCUAGACAAACAAGCCACGUCCUGUCAUACUGA